GGGGCAACGGACACCUACACCUGUGCACACCUGUUGACACGGCAGCCGGUCGCGCGUCAAACGGUCCGCAGCCUGCGGUCCUGUCCACCACGGCGGCCCAUCCACCACGGCGGCCAAGUCCACCACGGCGGUCCAUCCCCUACGGUGGUCUAGUCCACCGCGGCGAGCUCGACGAGCCCAGUGCCAUGAUCGCCCUGGUCCUCGUCGGGGUGGCGGCCGCUUGGGUCGCCGACUGUGGCGCGCAGAACUACCAAUUCGACGACCCCUUUUUCAACCGCAAGCUGUUCGACCAGAUGGACGACUUCUACAUGCCGAAGCGAGAGAACUUCGUGGAGGAGCGCGACCCGGCGCUGCGCAAGAAGAUGCGCUUCAGGAACGAAAUUUGCUGUGGGACCUAUGUGAAAGAAAACAUGCUUCGAGAGGACAACAUAAGGCAAGAUUGUUACGAGGAGGUGUUUAAAAGUCCAGAUUUUGUGACGUCAUGGAAUUACUUUGACGCCGACAAGAUAGAAUCCGUAGCAGCGAAGAUUAUCUGCUUGCAGCAGUGUUUGUGGAAGAAACGGGGAACGAUGGAUGGCCGGUACGACCGGAUCACGGGGCGUCUGCGCGAGCGGUACCGAGAGGGCAAAGGGCUGCGGGAGCCCAACCUCAACUUCCCGGAAGUCGCCGUCGCCAAAUGCCUUCCCUCGAGAAACCCCGACCCGUCCUCCUACUGGCUGGGCUUCGGCUCCCGCGGCGGCUGCAAUCGUGCCUACUUGGACUUCAGCUACUGCGUCUGGGAGGAGCUCCACGCGGACUGCCCCGAACAGCUCUGGGACGCCGACAAUUCCUGGUGCGUCAAGACCAAGAAGUACCUGCAGGCCGUGCGCCGCGCGUCGUGAACGAGGCCGCGCAGCGCCCCGCCGCCGCCACCGCCUCUGAACCGCUCUGAACCUUCCCUCCGUGCCAACAAAACGUCCCAGCAGAUCUUGUGCUACUCGUCCCGUCUUAAAUUAUGUUUAGAAUAUUCAGUCAGCGAAUUAAGUAAAGAAAAUGGAAGGCUGUCUGGGGA